UACAAACGUUUUGACGUCUUAAUUGGCGCCAUGAUGGUUUGACGUUUGUUGUUUUUGGGACUCUCAUGGAUAUUCUGCUUAAACACCGGGUUGUGAAGGACUGACCACUUGUUUUCGGUAGAGAGACAGUAGGGGACUACAACCAUGGGGCGAGUGGACACUAGUCUGGUCUUUGAUUUAACCUACUACCCUGUGGUCAUCCUGAGCUUCUGUGCGAUAAUGUACCUAUACAAAAAGGUCUUGCCCUGGAUAUCUCCGAAGCUAUCAAAAACAUACACUACUCUUUCUGUAGUUGAUCAGAAUGAAUGGAAUAUAAGAGUGGUGUCCUCUCUCCAUGCGACUGUUGUCAGCGUGAUCUGUAUCUACACCCUGCUGUAUGACGAGGAGGUCUACAACGAUCCUAUAUGGUGUGACCGUCCACUGAUAAGAAUAAAUUGUGCCAUUCUAACAGGAUAUGUUAUGGCAGACACCAUGGCAAUGAUGAUGGACUCUCAGCAGAAUGUAGAAGCCCUCAUGUACUACCUUCAUCACGGUUCAGCCGCUUAUGCUUACUACUUUGUUUUUAGUUAUGGUGUUCUUUCCUAUUUUGCCAACUUCAGAAUUAUGGCAGAAUUUUCUACAGUUUUUGUAAAUUUCAGAUGGAUGUUGGAUAAAGUUAACUACGACAAAACCAGUACACUAUUUAUUGCGAACGGCUGUGUGAUGACCUUCACCUUUAUUUCGGCCCGAGUGUUUUCUAUGCCGAGGUAUUGGUACACUAUCUAUAGAUAUAUUGGGUCGGAAGACUUCAAACUUCUAGGAAUAAUCGCCGACGUGAUGAUAGGAUCAUGUCUAGUUCUCGACAUCCUAAACCUCAAGUGGAGCAUACGCAUGCUAAAAGGCGCUCACAAAAUCGUGUUAGCUAAACUUGACAAAAACAAGAACGAAGUCAGCGAUAAACAGAAAAGCGGGAAAGAGUUAUAAAGAUAACAGUGUUGGUCCGUAUUUAUGUAUUUUACAUAUUCAUGGUGUUUUUUUCACUUGAUAUUUGUUUGUUAAUGUAUACGUAGGUAUUUAAUAUAAUGUGACAAGGUUUCCUGUCGUCAGCAAAGGUGUUUGUCACUUAUUUAUCAUCAUUAAAUCGAUUCUAAUUCACUUUUAUGUUAUUGUGUACAGGUUUCUCUUAGUUGUGCUUUGUAUACAGCUGAUGUGUGACAAUCUUGUUUUAAACCUAGAUAUGUGGUAAAACCACUAGUAAUCAUUUUGUAUGAGUCGUUGUAUGUAGCACAGAUUCAUAAGAAAACUUUAUUUUUUUUACAUUUAAAUGAUGAAAUUCCUCAAAACUUGUUUUAUAUUACCACUUUAAUAGUACUGAAGUUAUUUCUUAUAAAUU